AUGUGCUUCUUGGUGUUAGUAUUCCUAGUGAUAGUAGCGCAGAUUAAUGCUAGUCAAGAUGUCACAAUAUGCUUAGCGAAACAGGAGAUGUUAAAAGAAUGCCCUGGGUUGGCAGAUAAAUAUCUAAACUUUGGUGGGCCAGAUACGAGUAUGCUAUUUAGGCAGACAAUAUUUUCAGCGAAGACCAAGUUUCGAUUUGGAAUGCACCUUCACCAGUGUAUAACUUAG